GUCCCUGGUGCUGAAACUGCUCUGAGGAGACGGAGCGCAGGCUGGAGAGACAGACUCACUGCACAGAGAGACAGAGAGGGAGAGAGCACUCUGAGACUGCUGAGAACAAAAAUGUUCCCCGCUCCCCCCUUCCUUCUCAUCUUGACCCUCACCCUAGUGCACUCCCCAUUUUUCCAUGCUAUUCCUGUGAGCGAGGAACAGAGGCACCAGGCUAUCCAUCGAACAACACACAACGAUCCUGUAAACUCCCCCCAAGCAGAGGGACAUCAAGAAGCUCCACCACUUUCCCGAAGCCAGCAUGGUAAGAGUGAUGUCAUCCAAGAAAGAGCAACCCCCGAGGUUCAGUCUCCAUCCAGCUCUGAUGAUGAGGAUGAGCUCUUUAAAGACAUUAGCCCCAAAGCUCUAGCCGCUGUGCUCCUACAGGCACUGAACACACAGGAAGGAGAGACCUCUCCCUCCACUCUAGCACAAACAACGUCCCCUGAAGGUCAGGAACCAAUUAAAGAGCAGGCGGACAAUAAAGAUGAUGAUGGACUGAUAGAAAGAGUGAGAAGCAGAACACAAAGCUCUGACAAAGAGGAAGAGUUGAGAGAGGACAAGAAGGAUGGUGAGGAAGGAGACAUGGACAGUGUGAAAUCACUGCUGCAGGAACUGGAGGAAUUUGAACCUCCUCCUAAAAGAGAGAAGGAUGCCCCUCAAGACAGCAGCCCAGAAAGUGACGAUCUGCAAGAGCUAAGAGAACUCCUUGGUUUUGGGGAACAAACAGAAGAAGAGAAGAGAAGCCGACUUAAUCCUGUACCACCUACACCCCGAAGGUGGGAGGAAGAGGCAGAGGAAGAUGAAGAGGGGGAGAAACUUGCCAAUGUAGCUCAAGAUCUUCUUCUUCAGUACUUAUUGGGUGGAGGGGAAAAUGAAGAGGAAAAGGAAGAGGAUGAGGAAGAUAAUGAGAAUGGGCAGGAGUACACAGGAGAUGAAUUUGCAGUUGGUCAACGCCCACUUUUUGAGGAUGAAGAAGAGGGAAACAUCCAGGAUAAGAGAUCAGCGGAUGAUGAUAUAGAUGAAGUAGAUCCACAGACUAUUGAUAAGUUGAUUGAGCUAUCUAGCCGCUUACAUCUCCCUGCUGAUGAUGUUGUAGAUAUAAUUAAUGAUGUGGAAAAGAGGAAGAGGAGAAGGAUGAAGAAGAAGAAGGCAAGAGAUGAUCUUAUAGGAAGAAAAGAAAGAACCAGGACCCCCCCUCAAUCAUGGUUAGAUUAUCCUAAAUCUGCCUACUAUCCCAGAAGGAGACUUGAGCAACAGCCUACCUGGAAUAAUGUACCAGAGUCAAGAUGGAAAAAAGUGUUAUCACCCUCCUGGAAUAAAAACAAAAUAUCAGGGACCACCUGGAAUAAAGUGUCAGAGCCCAACUGGAACAAAGUGUCAGGGUCCAACUGGAACAAAGUGUCAGGCUCCAACUGGGAUAAGGCAUCAGAACCAAGCUGGCAAAAAGCAUCAAAAGCAAGCUGGAAUAAAGUGUCACAACCAAGCUGGAAUAAAGUGUCACAACCAAGCUGGAAUGACGUGUCAGAACCAAGCUGGAAUGAAGUUUCAAAACCAAGCUGGAAUAAAGUGUCACAGUCAAGCUGGAAUAAAGUGUCAGAACCAAGCUGGAAUAAAGUGUCAGACCCAAGCUGGAAUAAAGCGUCACAGUCAAACUGGAAUAAAGCGUCACAGUCCAGCUGGGAUAAAGCGUCACAACCAAGCUGGAUGAAAGUGUCACAACCAAGCUGGAAUAAAGUGUCAGAACCAAACUGGAAUAAAGUGUCAGAACAAAGAUGGGAUAAGAUGUCAGAACCAAGCUGGGAUAAGAAGUCAGAUCAAACAUGGAGUAAGCUUCCUGAACCAAGCUGGAAUGACCUACCAGAUACGACCUGGAAUAAGGUCCAAGAACCCAGCUGGAAUAAAGCGUCGCGCUCAAACUGGAAUAAAGUUCUGGAGCCUCUCCCACGCAGAUAUCGUGCACGUCCAGCUCCUUUCACCAACUAUAUCAGGCCUAGAGCUUUCCAGAGCCCUCCCCGAUAUUACUAUAAGCCUCCUGUCCCACAAAUUGACGAUUACUACGAUGAAGACCAGAAUAAGCAGGAGGAGAUGGAGAACUAUAUUGAAAGGCUCCUGCUGACCCAUCCUGAGGUCUUCCAGUGAUACAAUCCCAGUCUUAACCCCAUUCAAAAACAAUUUAACAACUUGACCCAGUAAGAGAAUCCAGUCCAGUUCCAUAUAACAUAAUUCAACAGAGAAACUUAAUGGACAAACACCUCAUUUGCCUCAACUGAUCCCAACUCAGUUGAAUCCCAUUCUAUCCAUCUAAAGUGAAUUGUACACAAAAUGAGUAUUUAAGCAUAUAGCAAGCUCUACAUUUGAGUGCCUACUAGUGUCAGUGUAAUAACUGAAUUCACAGUAUCAUCUUUACGGUCCAAUAUUACCUUAGUGUACUACGUUGCUUGAAGAUGACCCUACAAUCUAGUUUUAUUGUACAAUGCUCAGAACAUUAGUAUACAAAGCAGUGAUUCUAUUAGAGAUAGUCCUGAAAACUGGAGAUAUUGAAGUGUUCAACUAAACUUUAGGAUUUGGACUAAAGAUGUACAAUACUUUGGAUAAUUUCAGCACACCAACCCCUUAUCAAACCUGGGAUUUCCCUAGCCUGAAUAACACAUAUUUGGGGCACCGUACUCCAUAAUCUGCAAAAAUGAAUAAUUGCACUAAAUACUGUAGGUUACAUUUUCUUGGUGUUCAGUGAAAUAUCCAAGAUUUUUAAAUACUGUAAAUUUAACCGUUAAGAUGGUUUACAGGAGCAACAGGUGAGAAGUGGUCAACGUUUGUCACCUAGAAACAGCAGAGGCAGCCAUUUUGUAAAGUAAACAAAUGGGCUGGGAUGAAAUUAAGUCCCAAUUCGGAGGCCUUGCAGGAUGCCAGCUGAUCUCGGACAUUUUUGUUUUUAAAAGGGCAGUCAUUUACACCACUAAACCAUGCCUUGUAAAGACUGUCCCUUUAAAAAAAAGGACCAAGUUCGUCCGGCAUCCCUCAAGCCUGCCAGACUUGGACUUCAUUACAUCCCAGCCAUGGUCUUAUAAUUCAGAAGGAUCUAGCAGGGGUGCUGAAAGUGGCAAAAAGCACUGUGUCCUCGGCAUACCUCGGAUGGGAUGGGCCUGCUGUAGUAAUGUUGCUAAGCCCAGAACUUGGUGUAGACAAGACGCCUCAUCAAUGAAAUAAACAGAUAUGGCCCAAAGUUCUGAAAGUGCCACAUGGCUACACCACGUUUGCUACAGGUCUUGACCUUUCCAAUGGUGGUCCUGGGCACUAAUGACAUCACUGGGGCAAUAGGCACAUCGUAAAGCAUGCCUGAAUAAUGUCACCAGUUCCUAUUCAGUAGUUUGCUACAGGUUUGCUGAAUAUUGGUUCUGUCCACAAAAUGGCUGCCUCCAGUGUUGCUAGGCGACAACCAUUGUACCUAAAAAAAAAACUUAGUUUUUAAGCUUAGGGUAAAAUAUACAUUAUACUAUGGAAAUUGUGAGGUAAUGUACCUCUAUCAGUUGUGAGCACAAUAUUUGUAGUCCUAUUUCCCCAUACCACAGAGAAAAAAAAGAACAAAAAACAAUAUAACAAUAUAUUUGGGCUAAAAUGGCCCUGGGGUUCCUGCCUGAGUUCACCCUCUUCUUCUGGACUAACUAGUUGCAUGUCCCCCACCCCGUCCACCCCUCUCCAUCCAGUGUCUUGGCUGCUGUAGCCUGUUCUGUGAUGCUGUUGGUGUUUCCUUGCUAAUAAACGAGCUUUCCCUCUGCUCCUGUUUGUACAUAUCAUAUGAAUACUUUUGCUAAGGAAAUAAAGCUGACUAUUUUAUUAUGA